GCUCAGACCACACAGACUGGGGAUUAAAGAAACAGAGAGAAAGGGUGGGACGAGCCGGAGUCGGAGCUGGAGCUGGAGGAAGAGUGUGGUAGACAGAAGGAGAGAAGGAAAUGUUAGCCUAGCUUUAUUGUCGCUGCACUCGUCCACCUACGACCUCCCUCCGUGUGCCUUUGAAUCCAGGAUCGUUGUGUUUUUUUCCCUGCGUGGGAGCGUUUGCGCUGCUCUCAGUCCGCCAUCAUGUUUAAGAAGAGCAAGAGCAAAGUUUUGGUGGAUGAAGCGUCAGAAGAGGACGAUGUGUGCUGGCAGCAGGAGCGCGGAGAAAAGGAUAAAGAAUCAGAGGGAACAGAGGAAGUGCUGAGCCUCUCAACAAAGGACUCCAAGAUUAAGAAGGUCAGAUCGAAGAGAGAGAGAGGAGACAAGAAGCUGUUUCCUUCACAGGAUGAUGAGCACUUCCUGCUGACCGGAGUCACUCUCUCACACAGAAGAGGGUCUGCUAAGAAGAGCUUGGAGGAGGAGAAGAGCAAGCAGCCGGAGAAGGACCGCGCCCACUGCCUGUGGGACAGCAUCACCAUGACCAUGAGGCAGAUCACACCCAACCGCAAGAUGGACAAGAUAGAGGGCUGGGAGCCACCCCAGCUGAGCGAGGAGGUGCCCGAGGAGGAGAAGAGAGAGGGAGAGGGCAAAAAGAGUGACUCCUCUGCACUCUCCUCUCCGCUGUCUCUUUCCCUGCCUGGGCCGCUGACCUUACCCUCAUGGACGGGUCUGGGAGGGUCAGAAGAAGACUCUUCUCGCUAUUCCAGUCUGACCGAACCCCAGGCGGGACGUCCCGUGCAGUGGGCGGCUCGAGCGCGGGACAAAUUGGCCGCUGUCCGUCGCCGCAGUCCCGGGGGCCUAUCAGAGAGCUCGUGGGAGGGACUUAAAUGAUAACCUCUUUUGUGGCCCCACUUUAAUGGAGAAAGAUGGAACUGCUAACGAAACCCUUGUACAUUCAUGGCUCUGUUCUGAUUGGAUUGCACUGUGGAGAAGUGCUGCAAAUGAAGUGAACAAGCAAAGGAAGCAAGCGAAGAGAAUUGGGAUGGUGCCUUUUUGAGUGUACUUGAUGAUUGGAAGGUUUUUGAAGGUCCAGAGUAGCGCCAGACCUUGGAAAGCCUUUUUUGUGGCUUUUUCAAAACUGCUAAAAUAGAUUUUAUUAUUCGUUUUUUUUUUUUUGCAUUAAACCCAGGAUGCUAUGCUGUCAUAGUCUCCCGAUAAAAGUGCUCACUACUUUGCUGUAUCUGCUGCCUGUCUGACCAGUGACACUAAAACACUUGUCAGAAUCAACAUUGCGGUUCUUCGAGAGAACCUUAGAUAAGUAUAGUUUAGUGUUUAAGUAUAUUUGUUAACUGCUAUCAGCCUUAAUCGCUCGACCAAUCAGCUUGCCUGCCUUCUUAGGGCUGUCUGUACUUGGCACAGCCGCAGGCAGGGGGCAAUAUAAGAGACUACUGUGCCUUAUAAUUUCUGAAAACAAAUGGGAUCUUAGGGUAUAUAUAGUAUGUAUAGUUCUCAAUGUGAAUGCAUUAGUUUUGAUUUAAAAUCAUUUAAAUAAUGCCUUAUACCACCUAACUGUGAACAGUGCACAAUCCUGUACCUCCACUGCUGCUUGUUCAUUCUGUUAACCGUCACAGAUAGAGAGUAACCACAUUCUCCAGCUCAAAUCAACAUGAAAAACACUCAGGCGUUCAGAACACUGACCUAUGACCAGGGACAGACAUUGUCCUGGACCUAAAUGCAUUUAAAAUAAACAACUGUACAAUUUUAUAAUUGCACAUUUUGCCUACGUAGUUUGUGCCACUGCCUUUUGAGCCUUAAAGAAAGAUGAAACUACUGUAUUACUACUGCAGAUGCUGAUUGUCCUGCUUUGUCAUGUAUAGUAUUGUGCAAAAGUCAGAGACCACCCUUCAUUUAUGUAAUUUCCAGUCAAAAAUUAUUCAUUUUUCAGCAGAUAUUUGGGGAGAAAUUUAAAUCUCAACAUCAAUGGUUGAUUACUGUGAUUGUGGAAAAUGCACCCAACUUCUAAGACUGAACUUUGGAGGUGUAGCAGAUUUGGAAGCAGCAGAUUUCUUUGGAAAACUAAAAGCGAGUCUCCUGUAAAGAAUGGAAGCUGUAAUAAAGAUAAAGAGUGGAAACAGUAAAUACUGAGAAAAGAUCAUAUUAAGUUGUUGAGGCUUCUGUUAAAAAUAUGUUCUGCUUUUUUCCUGACAGUGACUUGUACUUAAUGUCUGGUUUGACUGCAAAUUAAAUAAAUGAAGGGUGGUCUCUGACCUUUGCACAGUACUGUACUUCGACUGGUGAAGAGUUUCCCAGUCUGUCCAGUUACAUUGUUCAAACACUGGCACUAGGCCUUUGGUAAUGUCAACAUGGACAGUGGCCAGUGCUGGCAGAUUUGAUCAUUUUGAUGAUGUCCUGAAGCCACCAGGGUGUGUUUCAUACAGCAUGAUUUCUCAGUAAGGAUAACCUAAAACAAAGGAAUGUCCAAUAGAAGCUCUUAUUUUGUUCUCUAGACUUGACUGUUGGCUUAUCCAGUUAUCCAGCUAAUAGGGAAAUCUUGCCUGCCUGAAGACAAUAGUGGUGAAGACAGGCUGUGGGAGGAUGGUCUUAUAUAUAUCUCUAAAUGUGACAUAUCUGAAAAUGGUGCAUCUGAAUUUGAUAAGACUUCAUAUCUGCUUGCAAAAGCUUAUUGCCAAAUCUGCCAAAUCUUUACUAUCUUACCAAAAAGACAUAAACCAAAAGAAAAAACCAAGUGACAAUCACUCCUGUCAGAGUUGGUUAAUAGAUAUACUGUGCAAAUGUCAGAGACCACCCUUCAUUUAUUUCAUUUCCAGUCAGAUUGUACAUUAAGUAAAGCCUAGGAAAGAGAAUAUAUUUAGCAGAAAAUUACACAGAAGCUUCAAUAACUAAAUAUAUAAUCACAUUUUCCAGUAUUCCGUAUGUCCACCUUUUCCUUUAUUACAGCUUCCAUUCUUUUUGUUUUUCAUAAAAAUCUGCAAGGUUUGGACUCUGGGGUGGUCAGUCCAGUGUGUCCCUUUCUCAGUGAGGCUUCUUGACUGCUAUACAUCCUUUCAGACUCAUAGCGCUGAGUCGUCUUCUCACAGAGGAAGGAUGGACAGAAACACCUGUCGAUUUUUUCAGAUCUGAAACAGCUUGAUUUUCUCCUCUCUCUCAAAGAUGAAAGCUUUAAGUGAUGUUUAUCUGAUGGGCCAGUUUUUUGGUCUACAAACUAAACAGCUGGUCCCAUUUUUUCUGUAUAUUUUUAACCACUUUUUGAAGUUUUGGAAAUCUUUGGGUCUUUUUUUGAUCUAUUUUCCUUUGACGUUCUCCUUCAUCAUGCAACUUGACAUGCAACAGUUACCUUGUAUUGAUUAUCCCUGCAUACACAUCUUCUGAAAAAUGAAUAACUUGUACUUACUGGCUGUUUUGACCUGAAAUAAAACAAAUGAAGGGUGGUCUCUGACUUUUACACAGUAGUGUUCGUGUGCUACUAGUGCAUAGUGUCAAAGUUUUUUUACUAGUAUUCUCUAAACAUUGAAUAAAUGAGUGAAUGAGCAUUGGAGUCUUCUAUUAUUGUGGCUUUAGUUUUGCUUUAAAGUGCUCUGUCUGUAUGUUUCUGGUUUUACUGUCAGGUUGUUCACGUUUGGAAAUAAAGAGUCUUCUGCAUCAAA